AUGGGCACCGAGGUCUGUGUGCCGGACCUGGAUCUGCUGGGGGGCGUCUGCUGGGGGUCCAGCUGGCAGGACCCUGGUGUCUGCAUGAACACCUGCGUCAGGGGCCUCUCGUGGGGCGUGCAGGACUUUGACUCAGGGAGGCUGGGGAACUGGCACCCCAGGAGUGGCCGUGUUCCCCAUCAGCCCCUGUGGCACAAGCCCACGGACGUCCUCCUCAGCAUUCCACCCCCCUGGAGGUGCGAUAGGUCUGCAUCCAACCUGCAGGGCAAGUUCUGGCUGUCGUCGUGCGUACAGAUGAGGAAGCCCCAUCUCAUGGCCGCAGAUACCUUCCCCCCCGCCCAACCCAAGAAGACGGCGGGAGCCCAGCAGGUGCACACCAUGCCCUUCGGGGACAAUCGCUCGGAGGUGACAGAGUUCAUCCUGGUGGGCUUCUCGGGCUCGCUGGGGCUCCACGUGUGCCUGGUGGUGCUGUUCACGCUGGCCUACAUGCUGACCGUCACAGAGAACGUGGUCGUCAUCGCCGUGAUCCGGGUCAGCCCCCAGCUGCACAAGCCCAUGUAUGUCUUCCUCAGCAACCUGUCCUUCCUGGAGGUGUGGUACGUCUCCGUCACCGUGCCCAAGAUGCUGCUCAGCCUGGCGGAGCCCCAGUUCCGACACAUCUCCUUCACAGGCUGCAUGACGCAGCUGUAUUUCUUCCUGGCGCUGGCCUGCACCGAGUGCACGCUCCUGGGCGUCAUGGCCUACGACCGCUACGUGGCCAUCUGCAGCCCCCUGCGCUACCCGGCCAUCAUGAGCCCCAGCCUCUGCAGCUUCCUGGCCACCAGCUCCUGGCUCUCGGGCUUCACCGUCUCCCUGGGAAAGGUCUUCUUCAUCUCGCGCCUGGGCUACUGUGGCCCCAACGUCAUGAACCACUUCUUCUGCGACGUGUCCCCCCUGCUGAGCCUCGCGUGCUCCAACGUGUCCGUGGCGGAGCUGGUCGACUUCCUCCUGGCUCUGCUCAUCCUGCUGGGGCCGCUGCAGCUCACCAUCUUCUCGUACGCCGCCAUCCUCAGCACCGUGCUGCGCAUCCCGUCCUCCGCCGGCCGGCGCAAGGCCUUCUCCACCUGUGCCUCGCACCUGGCCGUGGUGGUCAUCUUCUACUCCGCCUCCCUCUUCAUCUACGCCCGGCCACGCGCCAUCUACUCCUUUGACUUCAACAAGGUGGUGUCCGUGGUCUACACGGUGCUCACGCCCCUGCUCAACCCCAUCAUCUACUGCCUGCGGAACCAGGAGGUCAAGGAGGCCCUACGCAAGGCAGUGCAGAGGGUGGCCCAGGCCCUGGGUGCCCCGUCCUAG